AUGUUGAAUGAAGAACAACUGGAUGUUAUUGAAGUCAUUUUGCGGGAUGCGGGACUGGUUUUGGUGACAGGGUCAGCAGGAACUGGAAGGUCCAGUGUGUUGAAGGUACUGAUGCAUCGGUUAAAGGUAGGUACUAGAUUCGAACCAGUGGUGUUGGCGCCAUCGGGGGUAGCGGCUGUCAAUGUCGGAGGGAUGACAAUCUAUAGAUUUUUUGGAGCGGCAGCGCAAGGAGGAGGAGGAGGAGUCGAAGCUGUGGUGGCCCCAAAUGCGUUUGAGAUGGACUGGAACAUAUACUGCAUCCGCAAUCGAGGACGGGAGGCAUUUUUUGUUGUGGAUGAAGCUUCAAUGAUAUCGAGCGACAUAUUUGAAGCGACGAAUAAUACACUACAGCAGGUAUGUCCAAGAGCAAGUGCAGGGGUAGCGUUUGAUGGGUAUGCAUGUAUGUUAUUUGGAGACUUUGCUCAGCUUGCUCCCGUGGUACGAAGGCGGCCACGGGGACAUCGGGAAUGGAAAGAGAUUAAGGAGCUCCUAGAGGCAAGGACGCUCGACCUAGCCUUGGCAAAUGCCAUUGAGAUGCCGGAGAUGAACACGGUUGCGCUGGCGAGCCACGUGGAAACUGUUACCAAGUUGAACGAAAUUUUGGCACAAGGGCCCAUGAAUGGAGCACAGGGCAAAGUUCAGGCGAUUGGGGAGGAUAAUGUUUAG